AUGGGACGCAUCUCACUUGGGCUUUUGCUCCCCCUGAUCCUCCAGGCCAGCACCGUCAGCGGUCAUGGGCCCGACGGCAUGGGCCUGAUGGGCUACGGCCAGCUGUGGGCCGACCCCAACUGCGCCGUCUCGUGCCGAAACGUCAUCGCCGGCGCACCCCUGGACUGUCCGGACCUCCACGUCGACCAUGGCGCUCACGCCGGGCAUGGGGCGCCUGCUCUCACGGCGGCCUGCAUCGCAGAGAAUCUCGACUUUUUGGGCACGCUCGCCUACUGCAUGUCCAUCAGGUGCCCAGCCGACGGCGUCACGGCCUCCAAGCUCGAGUGGUUCUGGGCUACCCAGGCCACGGGAGAUCAAUCCAUCGAGCCGGGGCUGAGCUAUGGUGCCGUGCUGGCUGGGCUCACCGAGCGUCCGAGCAGGACGUUUCAGCGAGGCGAUACGCUCAACUACACGGCCUACAUUGCGGAUGCCGACUAUAGUUAUCAGUACAAGUGGAACAGAUUCUUUGACUGGGAAGAGAUGACCCAGUCGACAUAUGUGAUCAUCAUCAUCUCAGUUGGCGUCGCCACACCCAUGGUCUUCUCCCUCAUGAACCACCUCCCCUUUGUUACGACCAUCACCGACAAACUCAAGCCUUACCUGGUGUACCCUUCAACGAUUGGCACGUACAGCGUCCGCCCUCUCCCUUACCUCCUCGGCCACGCCCCCACAAGGGGACAAGGACUCUACAUUGCCAUGUUCACCGGCCUCAACAUCGUCCUAGGCGCCAUCACGUACCACAACUUUGAGUUUGCCCACCCGUGGGGCUACUCCAAGUCGGGCGAGAUCCUUGCCUUUGUCGGCUACCGAACCGGCCACAUCUCCUUUGCCCUGCUCCCGCUGACGGUCCUCUUCUCGUCCCGCAACAACGUCCUGCUGUGGCUGACCGACUGGCCCUUUUCCACCUUUGUUCUGCUCCACCGCUGGGUCGCCCGCCUCUGCGUCGCCCACGCCGUCGUCCACUCCAUCACCAUGCUGCAAGCCUACAUCGGGCUGGGCAAGUACUACACCGACGUGCACACGUCCUACUGGAUCUGGGGCAUCGUAGCCAUGCUCUGCCUGGUGGGACUCGUGUCCCAGGGCGUCUUGUGGCUGCGCCGCGCCUCGUACGAGGUGUUUCUGCUCCUCCACAUCGUCCUGGCCGUCUUUGUCAUCGUCGGCUGCUGGUACCACAUCAUCUACUGGAUGGGCUACACGGGCGUCUACGAGCUGUGGAUAUACAUGGUCAGCGCCGUGUGGUUCUUUGACCGCAUGGUGCGCGUGCUGCGCGUCGCCAAGACGGGCGUCCGCCGCGCCACCGUCACCGAGGUUUCGGCCGACACGGUGCGCGUCGACAUCGCGGGCGUGAGGUGGGCGCCGACGCCGGGACGGCACGCCUACGUCUACUUUCCCACGCUGCAGCCGCUGCGGGCCUGGGAGAACCAUCCGUUUUCCGUCAUCCCCACGGCGCUUCUGCGAUCGCCUGAUGCUCAGCCCAGCCCGGCCAGUUCGAUCAAAAGGGACCCGAGCAACGACGUCGAGGGCAAGGGAGGCAUGGGCUCGGUAGCGUCUGCCGUCCCUGCGUCUUCCAGAAACGGCGUCUCGCUCUACAUCAGGAAACGCAGUGGUGUCACAAGGCUGUUGCGCGAGGGAAACAUUCCCGUGCUUCUUGAUGGGCCCUACCGCGGGACGCCAACUCGGGCCGUGCUCCAAUGCGACCGCAUCAUCCUCAUUGGUGGCGGCAUAGGCGUGACCGGUCUACUUGGCUGGGCCGGGGCGCAUCCCAAUGUCAAGUUUGCCUGGAGCGCUCGUGAGGCGGACGGCACACCCAUACUCCGGGAUAUCGGAGCGGUUCUGGAUGCCGUUGCCGACAAGGUGGUGCAGCUCGAACGGCUGGACCCCGAGGCGUUGUUGGAGGAGGAGGUUCGAGCCGGAUGGGGGAGGGUUGGUGUGGUUGUUUGCGGACCCGCGGGGCUUUGCGAUGCUACGCGAGCGGCGGUGGUGCGUCUGGGUAGGAGGCACGAGACGGUGUUUGAGCUGGAGGUUGACGCCUUUGGUUGGUGAGCUGGUGGCAGGUGAUAGUCAUAUACCGUUCUUGCGUGGCCUAAACAUGUCGACUCGCAUCUGCAGUGUCCUUGUCUGAAAACAUUCGUCACUCAAGGUCCAUCUGCCGAUCCGGUGCUGGACUGUAUAUAGGUG